AUGGAACUCCUCUUCGACCCAGUCGCACUCCUGGGCAUAGUCGCUGUCCUGGUGUUGGUCAACUCGGUAAUCGUUUUGCAAGACCACUCUUCCUACCUCCGCUGCAUCGUUCAAGCCCUCCCCUGCUUCUUUCUCGUGACGAGACGCGAUUGUUGCGCACACAAUGCAGAGGCAGCAGCCCCAGAUGGCCCGGACGAACGCCCGUCUUUCCGCGAGCAAAGAAUCGCGGAGCCACCGGCGGCGGCGGCCCGCCCAUCUUUCCGCGAGCAAAGAAUCGCGGAGCCACCAGCGGCGGCGGCCCGCGGCGCGAGGAUCCCCCACGAGGACGCGGACCUCUCCAGGGGCGAGGUGAAGAUGGUGAUGAAGAGGCUGGGGAUCUUCGGCGUCGCCGACGACCCGGGCGACGAGAAGCUGCAGGAGCGAAUCGGGGCGACCGAGAUCGCCCGGGUGUUCGAAGAGGAUGAGGUGAGCCUGGAGGAGGUGAAGGAGGCGUUCUACGUGUUCGACGGGAACUGCGACGGGUUCGUGGACGCGAGGGAGCUGAGCGACGUGCUCCGGGCCCUGGGCUUCGUGGAUCUGUCCGAACGUGAUUGCGGAGAUCUGAUCAAGGCCUUCGACGAGAACGGGGACGGGCUCAUCGACUUCAGAGAGUUCACCAAGCUGGUGCAGAGGAGCUUCCGGCAUUAG